AUGGCAGCUUCAUUUAUGACCAGCAACAUGGAUGAUCCUCCCAAAAACCGACACGGUCACGCCGCCAUCGCCGCGAUAAUCAGCAACAUGGAAAACUACCUACCUCCGCCCAACAACUCCAAGCCGGGCUACUCCGGCUGCCGCACCACAUACGGCUUAUUAUCACGCUUCCACCAGCGUGCCGAGCAGUCGGACAACCCUGAGAAAGAAUACAAAGAGCUGCAACAGAUUGAACGUGACCUGCGCCGUCGUAUUACAAAUCUCGAUGCCAAAAAGGGCGUCCCUGAAGAGAUGAUCAGCCUACUAGACCAACUUCGCGACGCGAUCGCCGCAGCACUGACACAAGGUAUCACCACUGAUUUCUUCGUGGUGGCAUGUCAUAUGACCAUGGGUUUAGCGUCGGGCGACUUGGGCUUUACUCCGAGUGGUUAG